AUGGGCGACUGGAGCUUUCUGGGGAGACUAUUAGAGAACGCGCAGGAGCACUCCACGGUGGUGGGCAAGGUUUGGCUGACCGUGCUGUUCAUCUUCCGCAUCCUGGUGCUGGGGGCCGCGGCCGAGGAGGUCUGGGGCGAUGAGCAGUCCGACUUCACCUGCAACACCCAGCAGCCGGGCUGCGAGAACGUCUGCUACGACCGGGCCUUCCCCAUCUCCCACACCCGCUUCUGGGCGCUGCAGAUCAUCUUCGUCUCCACGCCCACCCUCAUCUACCUGGGGCACGUGCUGCACAUCGUGCGCAUGGAAGAGAAGAAGAAAGAGAGGGAGGAGGAGCUGCUGAAGAGGGACAACCCGCACCCCGGGGCGGCCGGGCCCUGCGUGCCCAGCGGCAGGGAGGCGCUGGGCGGGACCAGCCCGGAAAAACCCCCAGUGCGUGAGGACCCGGGCAAGGUGCGCGACGACCGCGGCAAGGUGCGCAUCGCCGGCGCCCUGCUGCGCACCUACGUCUUCAAUGUCAUCUUCAAGACGCUCUUUGAAGUGGGCUUCAUCGCCGGCCAGUACUUUCUGUACGGCUUUGAGCUGAAGCCCCUCUACCGCUGCGACCGAUGGCCUUGCCCCAACACUGUGGACUGCUUCAUCUCCAGGCCUACGGAGAAGACCAUAUUCAUCAUCUUCAUGCUGGCCGUGGCCUGCGCAUCUCUCUUGCUCAACAUGCUGGAGAUCUAUCACCUGGGCUGGAAAAAGCUGAAACAGGGAAUGACCAACCACCUCGGCCCAGACCCCUCGGAAGCCAGAGAGGGGGCCGUGGACCCACCUCCUCUCCCCUCCUGCUCUGGCCCGCCGACUGUCACCAUAGGUUUCCCGCCUUACUACACGCACUCUGCCUCGAACCUGGGGCAGGUCAGGGCCCCUGGGUACCCUGGGGCCCCACCUGGUCCAGCGGCAGACUUCAAAGUGGGAGCCCUGACCGAAGCGCAGGGGCAAGGCCACCCCACCAAACUCUACAAUGGCCACCACCUGCUGAUGACCGAGCAGAACUGGGCCAAUCAGGCAGCGGAGCAGCAGAGUCCGGCAAGAAAGGACUCCCCAGCGGCGUCCAGUCCUGCAGCCCCGAGCCCCACAGGCAGCGGCACCCAGCCGGCCCUGCAGGAGGGCAGGGCUGGGGCUACUGGGGCCACCGCGCCUUUGCUGCUGGUGGAUGGGAGCGGUAGCAGCUUGGAGGACAGUGCCUUGGCAGUGACUCCAGAAGAGGAGGAGCAGGCAGUGACCACCGCGGCCGAGUUGCACACGCCACCCUUGCUCCUUGUAGAGCCAGGUCGAGCCAGCAAGGCUAGUAAGGCCAGCAGUGGUCGGGCCAGACCAGGUGACUUGACCAUCUAGUGGUGGUCCCUCCAGACAGCUUUAUAUAAUAACCUUGUUUCUAGAAACCAAAACCCAAGUGCAGUUCACACCAGCAGGUAGAGCCUGAAAGUGAGAGCCGCUGGAGUCCCGGAGGGAGAAGAUGGAGCAGAAGAGAUCAGAUUUCCGUGUUUAAUGCUUGCUGUUCUUAACACUGUGAGUUAUAGUGGGGAGGAUGCCAACAUACCUGAGAUUGGGGGGUAGGGGCAGAGGGGAGGGUGCAGGGGUCGUUGGCCUUUAAAGAUAUUCACAGCAACCCAGCAGCCCAGAAACAUGAUUGCCCCUGGGCCUCCGCCUCCUGCUGUCUCUGUGGGUAACUGUUCUGUUGUGGUGAAGCAACAGGUGCCUGCAGUCCCUGCCGCUCCAGAGCCAUUAGGUUUUCUAUUCCUAAGCUCUCCAGGGCCUCUGGGCAGAGAGUCAUAGACACACUUAGCUCUAUCUCUUUGAUACUUUUAACUUAGAGUUGAAUUUCAUUUGGGAUAUUUGCCAAACUGCACUAAAAAAAGAUUUAAAGCAAGUCCAUACAGUGUCAUUUGAGUUUCUGAAAUUGCAUGUGAAGUUCCGCGAUGUCAAACUGCAGGCUUCAUGACAGGUGACAAAGAGCAGUCACCCUCCAGAGGCAGAUUCAGUGGGAAAGGGACACCAAGGUGGCUGGUGGAAGGCAGGUGGCGAUGCAACCACAGUCCAGAUCAUUUUUAAACAGCUGAGGAAAUUGAUGUAGAAGUGCGGCACAUAUGCCUUAGGUAUUUAUUUUUUAAAUGCUAUUUUGUGCUUUGACCUGAAUGGUACAGGUGUGCCUCUCUCCCCCACUUUCUAUUUUCUGGGAAAAAUGAAAGACGAGUAGUACUGUUCAAAUGGGUCUCCACCAAGGGAGUGCUCAUUUGUCCUGAUACAUCCUAGUAAAAAUUUUGAGCUUUCUUUGAAAUUUUUCAACCUCAAGAGUCAGCUCAUUACUCUGAGAAUGUACUAUAUACAGUAAAAACAGGGGAGAACUUUCCGUGCAUUUCAAAUACUUGAAGUUGUGAAGUUUUCAAAUGGGAGGUUUAAAGUUAACUUCUGUUGCCAGGAAAAUUAUUUAUAUAGAUGACUCAUUGAUGAUCGACACUUUUUUUUUUUUUAAAGAAACAGUACAAAAUAAAACACUUCACGUUUCCAAACUAUUCUUUGUGGGCAGCCUGAUUGCUUUUAACAGUGUAACUCAAAGCGUCUGGUUCUCCUGCCUGUGUAAGAGCAUGUGCUGAUUAGGGCUCAUGCCCUAUGUUCCAUCCACACAAGAGCUGUCCUGACAGGGAAGGCUAUUUCUGUGUGUGGGUGUGACUGGAAGGUGGCAGAACUUUCUGGAUGGCACACACACUGCUGUAAGUGUCUUGGUCACAUUUGUUUAUAAACUGAUGAACAAUCGCAAUGUGGAGCCUGUUCCCACUCACACUGUUCACCUCCAACUUCCACUGAGCAUCGUCAGCCCUUAUUCAGCAGAAGACCAUCCACUUGCCAGUUUAAUUCAUUUCUUUUUGUAGAUUACUUUCAUUUCCUGAUGAUUCAUUCAGGGCCACAUUCCGCAGCAUACUUUUUGCUUUCUAGCAUAAAAGGUGAUCCACUGACAAUGUGAUGGAAAAAAAAUACAUGAUUUCCAAUUCUCAGAUUCCCGCGUGCAGCUAGGUUCUUAUUUUUUUUCUUUAUUUUAUUUUAUUUUUUGUGGCAGUUGAACACAAAUAGUUAUGCAUUCUGCUUGCCAUAGAUGCACUGUGGACAGUCUCCUAGGCUUGAAAAAUACUUCUGUACAUAUUCUUGCAGCCUUUCUCAACUAGAUUGAGAAAGAGGGAAUUGAGCCCUUUGGAAAAUGAUUUGAGGGACUCUUCUCAAUUCUCCCCAGCUGGCGCAUGACUAGAGCCACUCCAUAUGCAUGACCUCUCUGAAGAUAACUCAUCCCAUGCAGCCAUGCCGUAGGCUUAGAGCAGCAGGACAUAGUUCUCUUGAGUGAGAAGGACCACCAGAAAAUCCUAGCGUUUAGAGCACUCUGAUAAAAAGCUUUAGUUAUGUUAGAAAAUGCAAUAGCAGUCGUCAGAAAGCACAACUCAUAGAGUGAAUAGGAGUACUUAGUUCCUUAAGUUCUGCCAGAAUCGAUGUUAGUAAUAGUAAGCUUCUUGUUGACCCACAAUUUGAUUUGGAGUGGGGUUGGAGAUGAGAGUGAGAACUGUAAUUGUAUUUAGUUUUUACAUUUUAAAUUUGAAUUUUAUUCAUAAUAUGUUCAUGAAAGAUGCCAGUAUAGUACAAUUGACCAUAGCCUAGUUGGCCCAUUCAGUGCAUGUGUAGGAGUAUAACAUUAGAUUC